CUUGGUAUCGAAGUAACGAGGGUUCAUCAACUACCCGUCGUCUCUCGUUCCGGAUAAUCUCGACGUGGAAGCCGCGUGGAAAACGCCCCUCUCGAAGAGUCCCAGAUACCGCCACGAGGCCGACGCUUCCGCAACCAAUCGGGAGUCUCCUCGCCGGCGGCCAUGGAUCCCACCGCCAAUCCCAAGAAGCAAUCGGAAGGCGAGCACUCGGCGGAUUACGCUCCCUACCCCACGCUCAACCCGGAGGACGUCUCGCCCCCUCCGCCGCCCUCCGCCCCCCACGCCACCACCAUGCCGGCCGAGUUCAACCCCUACGUCACCCCCGCCCCCGUUGCCUCGUCCUCCAAAAAUACGAUAGACACCGUUCGUGAUGUGCUCGGGAAGUGGGGGAAGAAGGUAGGGGAAGCGGCAAAGAAGACCGAGGAUUUGGCGGGGAAUGUUUGGCAGCACUUGAAAACAGGACCUAGUGUCACAGAAGCAGCAAUGGGGAGGAUUGCUCAAACGACUAAGGUCAUAGCAGAAGGUGGUUAUGACAAAAUAUUCCAACAGACUUUCGAGUCACUUCCUGAAGAGAAACUUAAAAGGUCAUUUGCAUGCUAUCUAUCAACAUCUGCUGGGCCUGUUAUGGGAGUUUUAUACCUCUCUACUGCUAAACUUGCAUUUUGUAGUGACAAUCCUCUGUCAUACAAAGUUGGGGACCAAACUGAAUGGAGCUAUUACAAGGUGGUAAUUCCACUGCAUCAGCUAAGGUCAGUUAAUCCUUCAGCAAGCAGAGUAAAUCCAGCAGAAAAAUAUAUUCAGGUUGUGUCUGUUGACAACCAUGAGUUCUGGUUCAUGGGUUUUGUGAACUAUGACAGUGCUGUAAAAAAUUUACAGGAGGCUGUGCAUGGUGCUCCCAACUUGCAACCCUAGUGAUGUUGAUGGAUUUGGAUUUGCAGUUCCCAUUGAGUCUCUGUGCAUCAUAUACCUUAGUAUGCUAGAAACAUAUCGUGUGAUUGAUUUAGCUGGAUGAUUCUUCGUGUGUGUCCAUGUUUUGAUAGCUAAGAGAUAUUCACUGUGCCAUAUUUUGUGAAAAAUAAACUAGUUUCAAUGUUUGAUCAUCAUGCUUGUUAAUAAGAUUAUAGUAUUUGAAGGACAUAAUUCUUUUUUUCCUGUA